AUGGGCAUCUGCAGCUCCUCCUGCUGUGGAGCCAAAUCCCGCGAUGGCCUGUACGAGCCUGUUCUCGCCGACAGCGAGCGGGAGGCAGUCGCCGACCUCCUGCAGUAUCUCGAAAAUCGUGGCGAAACCGACUUCUUUUCAGGGGAGCCUCUUAGAGCGUUGAGCACCCUCGUCUUCUCCGACAACAUAGAUCUACAACGAAGCGCGAGUCUCACAUUCGCAGAGAUAACCGAGAGAGAUGUCAGAGAGGUCGACCGCGACACCCUCGAGCCGAUAUUGUUCCUGCUCCAGAGCUCCGAUAUCGAGGUGCAAAGGGCAGCCAGCGCAGCUCUUGGAAAUCUCGCAGUCAACACGGAGAACAAGGUCCUCAUCGUUCAACUGGGAGGUCUGCCACCCCUCAUCCGUCAGAUGCUGUCGCCAAAUGUCGAGGUUCAGUGCAAUGCCGUCGGGUGCAUAACAAACCUCGCUACGCAUGAAGAAAACAAGGCCAAGAUUGCGAAAUCUGGAGCUCUUGGCCCACUCACCCGUUUGGCAAAGUCCAGGGAUAUGCGCGUGCAGAGAAACGCCACAGGGGCUCUCUUGAACAUGACGCAUUCCGACGAGAAUCGCCAACAGCUCGUCAAUGCUGGCGCGAUACCAGUCCUCGUGCAACUUCUUUCCUCGUCCGACGUCGACGUACAGUACUACUGUACGACAGCCCUGAGCAAUAUAGCUGUCGAUGCGACCAACCGAAAGAAGUUGGCACAAUCGGAACCCAAACUGGUCCAGUCUCUCGUCAAUCUGAUGGACUCGUCGUCUCCCAAAGUUCAGUGUCAAGCUGCUCUGGCCCUCCGGAAUCUGGCUUCGGACGAAAAGUACCAGCUCGAUAUCGUGAGGUCUCAUGGCCUGCACCCUCUGCUCCGGCUUCUUCAAUCAUCAUACCUCCCCCUCAUACUCUCCGCAGUCGCUUGUAUAAGAAAUAUCUCCAUACAUCCCAUGAACGAAUCACCAAUCAUCGAAGCCGGCUUCCUGAAACCGCUCGUGGAUCUGCUCGGUUCUACCGACAAUGAAGAGAUCCAGUGCCAUGCCAUCUCGACUCUGAGGAAUCUUGCUGCCAGCUCAGACCGAAACAAGGCGCUCGUCUUGGAGGCUGGGGCAGUACAGAAGUGCAAGCAGCUGGUGCUCGACGUUCCAGUCACCGUGCAGUCUGAAAUGACUGCUGCUAUAGCGGUCCUCGCUCUGAGUGACGAGUUGAAGACACACCUCUUGGAUCUCGGUGUCUUUGAUGUGUUGAUACCCCUUACACAGUCGUCCAGCAUUGAGGUUCAGGGUAACAGUGCCGCAGCUCUGGGCAAUCUCUCAUCCAAAGUGGGAGAAUAUGCUAUUUUCAUCCAGGCGUGGACUGAACCGCACGGAGGAAUCCACGGAUAUCUGAGCAGAUUCCUUGCGAGCGGCGAUGCGACCUUUCAACACAUUGCGAUCUGGACAUUGCUACAACUCCUCGAGUCUGAAGACAAGAAGCUGAUUGGGCUGAUUGGCAAGUCAGACGACGUUGUCGACGUGAUCAAGCAAAUCGCGAACAAGCAGAUCGAGGCCGAGGAGAACGAACCGGAAGAGGACGACGAGGGCGAGGUGGUAAAUCUCGCCCAAAGGUGCCUCGAGCUUCUGGGACAGAGCGGUUCCAAAGCCCACAUCGAGGGGUAA